AUGCUUGGAACACUUCGCCGAUUCGGCGUAUCCAGUGUGCUCCGCGCGUCUGCGCCUCGUACCCUCUCAACGAGAUGGGCUUCCCAGUUGCCGAAAGUGCAAGCUCUCUCGGCGUCUUCGGUGCUGACGAGAUCGCUGCACUCUUCUUUCCCCAAAUUCUCUGCCGCUGUUGCCCAAGAGUCUACUGAGACUGAGCCAUCUCAGAAGAUUGAAAAAUUUGCAGAACUAGGAGAACAAGGCUUCAUUGACAGCACGAUCAUCAAGAACAUCACCCAUCCUUCCAGGAUGAACCUCGAGACCAUGACUGAGGUGCAAUCCAUGACUCUUCGCGAGAUUGUGAAGGGCGAUGAUGUCCUUGCCCAGGCCAAGACAGGAACUGGAAAGACUCUUGCUUUCCUCCUCCCCACUCUUCAGAACAUCCUUAAUGAUCCCGGUGUCGACGUUUCCAAGGUUGGACGUUACUCCAGAACCGCUCCCUCCGAAAUCCGCGCCCUUAUCAUCUCCCCUACCCGUGAAUUGGCCGAACAGAUUGCUGUCGAGGCCAAGAAGGUCGCCUUCGGCACUGGCCUCAUUGUGCAAACUGCUGUUGGUGGUACCCAGAAGCGCUCCGGCCUGAUGAAGAUUCAGCGCGAGGGCUGCCACCUACUCAUCGGUACCCCGGGACGUCUUAAGGACAUUCUCUCUGACCCUUGGACUGGUGUCUCUGCCCCUAAGCUGAACACCCUGAUUCUUGACGAGGCAGACCGUCUGCUUGACCAAGGUUUCGCUCCUGAUAUCAAGGAGAUCCAGGGAUUCCUCCCUGAUCCCUCUAAGAUUGAUCGCCAGACACUCAUGUUCUCUGCUACUGUUCCCCGUGAAGUGAUGUCUCUGGUGCGCCAGACCCUGAAGCCAGGAUUCCAGUUUGUUCAGACUGUUCGUGAAGACGAGGUCCCCACCCACCACAGAGUGCCCCAAAAGGUCGUCUGGAUGCGUGGUCUUGAGAACGGAAUGCCUGCUGUCCUCGAGAUCGUCAAGAACUACCAAGCCCGCCGUGCUAACGGCGAGGACCUCCGACCUUUCAAGGCCAUCGUUUAUUACAACUCGACUGCCGAGACCAAGUGUGCCGCUGACGCAUUCAACAACCUCCGCCGUUCCUACGACGUCGGCACAACCCCUCUGGGUGAACUAAAAAUGCUCGAGAUCAACUCGCGCCUGACCCAGGCUGACCGCACUCGCAGCGCCGAGAGCUUCCGGAGAUCUCCCUCGGGUAUCCUGUUCUCCUCGGACGUGACUGCCCGCGGUAUGGAUUUCCCCGACGUUACGCACGUCAUCCAGGUCGGCGUCCCUCGUGACACUGAGACCUACAUCCACCGUCUCGGUCGCACCGCCCGUGCCGGCAAGGAGGGUGAGGGCUGGCUCCUCGUCCACAAGGGCGAAGAUGUCUGCUUCCGCUCCCGCCUCGGCCGUAUCCCCAUCAAGGAGGAUACCGCCUCUCUCCCCGCUGCCUGGGCCGACAUGUCCCAGCAGGCCACCGAUUCUUCCGCCACCAGCGAGACCGUCAGCCAGAUGAAGGCCGCCAUGGCCGCUGUUGGUCCUACCCACAAGAUCAAGUCAUACAUGGGCCAGCUUGGCACAAUCAUUGGCAACUUCAGCAGCAAGAGGUUCGCUAUAGAAGUAUUGAACAAGCAGUUCGUUGACGGCUUUGGCAUGGAGUCUCCUCCUCAGAUCGCCCCCAGAGUUGCUCAGCAAAUGGGUCUCGGUAAAAUCCCUGGUGUCAACAUUGGCACUGGCUCCCGCCGCAUGAUGGAGGAGAAUGACUCCUCUUCUAGCGGUGGAUUCUCCCGUGGAGGUUUCUCUCGCGGUAGUGACCAUGGAUUCUCCCGUGGUGGUGACCGCGGUAGCUUCUCUCGUGGCGGUGACCGUGGUUUCCCUCGUGGUGACCGUGGUGGCUUCUCUCGUGGAGGAGACCGUGGCGACCGUCGCGGAGGCUUCUCAUACGGUGAGCGCCGUGGUGACCGCGGCGACCGCGGCGACCGCGGCUCAUCUCGCGGCCCUCGUCGUGCCCUGGAAGGAUUAGACUUUUAA